CGAACGCGGGCGUUUCGCUAGACUGUGACGGCUGAGGAGCUAAGAGCAAGCGGAGCCUGAGGAGGGGCCUUGUCCGUAUGGGGGAUGCUUUGCAGCGUCUCCGGUCCGGUAACAGGCCUGGGCUUUCGGUGGGGAGUUGCGGAAAUGUGCGUAUUUCUCUCUUUUCGGGUCACAGUGGGUGAGUUAGGCCGGAAAUGAGGGCGUAUUUUCGAGGGGCGUCCCGUCCUUUGACAGCCCGAGGGAAAGGCUAAAAGGAGGUGUGGCGAGGAGGGAAGAGGAAGACGUCUCCUCAGGGAAGACGCAAGUUGUUUUUAAGAGAAAAGAAUAGAAAUAACCCAUUUUGAGGAAGCCAUGGCAAAAUCAAACACAAAAUAUAGAGUUUGUUCUCGGGAAUCUUCAGUGUCUUCUCUGCUAGCAAGCUGCAGCCUGAAUGGUAGUAAUUCCUCUAACUCCGAUGGCUCUUUUCACUAUAAGGAUAAAUGGUACAGUUCUGCAUCUCAGGCUCUACAGGCCUAUAUUGAUGAUUUUGAUCUAAGCCGAGUACAUCCUGGUGUAAGCACUGGAAAAAUGAACACUGAUGAAGGUUCCACUAAUAUGCCACAGUUCUCCAACUAUAUUUAUAAGCCAAACAAUGCUUUUGAAAAUCUUGAUUACAAAAAGCAUUCAAACUCCUUAUCCUAUAGAAGACUGACUAUUAAUGACGCAGACUCCAUUAGCUUAACAACUGAUGAUCUAUUAAAACUUCCAGCCGAUGGAUCAUUUCCUUUCACUUAUAUUGGACAAGGUCACCGAGCGAGCAGGAAAAACAAGAAAUGUGUUCAAAGACUGGGUCCAUUGGACAUCGAAAAGAACUCAAAUUUUCAAGAACCCUUCACUCCCAUGGGCAAGGAUAACUUGGCUACUCCUGUUGUAUACACACAUAUAAAUGGAAAGCAACGGGGUAGGCUAAAAAACCCAAAACUUAAGAAUAGGACUAAUAAAUACAUUUCUGAAUCAUCUUUAUCUUUUCCCAAGAAGUCGUCUUUCGAGGACAAUGCAGAACACAAUCUUGAAAAGAAUUAUCCAAGAUGGCUCACUAGCCAGAAAUCUGACCUUAAUGUUUCAGGGAUAACUAGUAUACCUGAUUUCAAAUACCCAGUCUGGCUCCACAAUCAAGACUUGCUACCUGAUGCAAAUAGUCAAAGGGUUUAUGUAGAAGAUCAGUGUUCCCCUAGACAUAGUUAUCAGGCACAAAGAACUUCUCGGCUUAUGAAUAAAUUAGGUUGUUUUGAAUAUUCUUUUGAACCCUCAAACUUUUCACAUUACUUGAGUGAUGAUAAAGGAUUAGUUAAUGAGUACAAAUGUGAUUCUGAACAUAACCAAUGUCAGUGUGAGAAUCCACUUCUCCCAGGACAAUCCAAAAAGCCAUUCAGUGGUGACAAAAUUGAAUUGCUUAUCCUGAAGGCCAAGAAAAAUCUAGAGCAGUGUACAGAAGAAUUACCAAGGUCUAUGAAAAAGGAUGAUAGUCCUUGCUCAUUAGAUAAACUUGAAGCAGAAAGAUCAUGGGAAAAUAUUCCUGUUACUUUCAAAUCUCCUGUUCCUGUUAACUCUGAUGAUAAUCCUCAACAAACUUCAAGGGCAAAGUAUGCUGAAGGAGUUCUUGAAGACUUUUUAAAUAAUGAUAAUCAGACCUGUACCCUUUCUGGAGGCAAACAUCAUGGUCCUGUUGAAGCCCUGAAACAAAUGUUAUUUAAUCUUCAAGCAGUACAAGAAAGUUUUAGUCACAAUAAAACAUCAGAGCCAAAAGAAGAGAUUAAGCAAGCUCUAGAAGUUGUGAAGACCCAGAUUUGGGACCAGAUCAAAGAGGCAUAUCAGCCCGGUACCAUAGCUGUCCCCCACCCGUUCCAGGUCGGAGACCGAGUGCUGGUCAGACGCCAUCGACCCAGCAACCUUGAGCCUCGGUGGAAAGGCCCGUAUCUGGUAUUGCUGACCACCCCGACCGCAGUAAAAGUUGAUGGCAUCGCUGCCUGGGUCCAUGCUUCCCAUCUCAAGCCUGCACCACCCCCGGCACCAAACGAGACCUGGGAGCUGGAAAGGACUGAUCAUCCUCUUAAGCUGCGUAUUCGGCGGCGGAAAAAUGAGUCCACCGGGUAAGAACCCUCACCGGCCUGUGACCCUCACCUGGAAGGUACUGUCCCAAACUGGAGACGUUGUCUGGGUCAAACAGGCUGCCCAGCCUCCUUGGACUUGGUGGCCCGAUCUUAAACCUGAUGUAUGUGCCCUGGCGGCGGGUAUUGAAACCUGGGAUAUCCCGGGAUCCAGUGUAUCGGCCUCCAAGGCCCAGAUCAGACCCCCUGACUCAGACUAUACAAAAGCUUAUAAUCAGAUCACCUGGGGGGUCCCAGGGUGCAGCUAUCCCCGAGCUAGAAACAGGCUUGCCGCUUCCCCCUUCUACGUGUGCCCCCGGGAUGGCCGGACCCUUUCAGAAGCUAGAAGGUGCGGAGGGCUGGAAUCCCUAUAUUGCAAAGAAUGGGGUUGUGAAACCACGGGGACAGUCUACUGGGGACCUAGUUCCUCAUGGGACCUCAUAACUGUAGAACGUAACGGUAGCAGUAAAAGCUGUGACAACUCCGGCUGGUGUAACCCCCUUAAAAUAAAAUUCACAGAGAAAGGAAAAAAUUCCAGAGA